AGUUGUGUAAUCCUUGUGCUUUAUCGUACGGACGAGUGAACAGUUCGAGGUGGAAUUGAUUCCCCGAUGCAGGGAAAUAGACGCCGUGUGUAAUUGUUGUGUCAUAAACCAUACGAGCCCUCGCUUCGUAUUUGUUUGUUCAACUUCGUUGUUAUCUCUCGCUGCGAUCUCGUUCUGUACCACAGUACAACUUUCAUCAUAAACCAGAUCUUCAGGACGCACACUAAGAUCUCCCCAUGGCAACCAUCAACGUUCAGACCCUCAGGGCAAUGGUUAGACGAUUUCGAGUUUUGAUCAUAGGAAGAGCAAACGCAGGCAAAACGUCCAUUCUUCACAAGGUCUGCAAUACCACGGAUGAACCAGAAAUUCACGAUACCAAAGGACACAAGAUCGAUGCAGCCGUCGUGAAAUCAUCGAUCAAGCGUGGAAAUCACGACAUCAGAAACGAGAUGGUGUUCAAAAGUAAUCCCGCUUUCGUCUUCCACGACUCAUGCGGGUUCGAAGCGGGUUCUGAAGAAGAAUUCGAGAACAUGAAGAAUUUCAUCUCAGAACGGGCAAAUGCGACGAUGUUGGAGGAGCGACUCCAUGCUAUUUGGUAUUGUAUUCCAAUGGACGAACAUUGUCGAACCUUCCAACGGUCGGAGGAAAAAUUCUUCUCCGAGUGCGACACGGGGCACAGCGAGUUUCCAGGUCUAUUUUCCUAUGCUUGUCUCGGACUAAAUGAUCCGUCUUCAGUUCCCGUACUUGUGAUAUUCACCAAAUUCGAAGCUUUACGUCCAAUCGCAUUCGGAGAACUCAAGAAGGAACUGAAAGGGGCAUCAGUAGGAGAAUGCUUAAAAGGGAUUCCUCAACGGGUCGAAGAAUUGUUCAUGAACACAGGUGUCUUGGAUCGAUUGUACGAUCCUAAAAACUGUGUUCAUCCUAAGUCCCAUGUACGCUUGGAGAAUAUGGACAAACCGAAUACGAACUGCAACAUUCUACUAGAAGACACCACUCUAGCAUUGGACAACGAAGAAUUGCAACUGUGCUUGAUAUCGACACAGCAUUCGAACCUAGAGCUUUGCAUCAAGUGUGCCGUCAAGUGA